CUGAGGCCCGCCCAGCCGGACACCACCGAGCGGAGCCGGGUCGGGGCGAGGAGAACCGAGCGGAGCCGAACGCAGUCGGGUCCAGCCUAGCCGAACGGAGCCGAGCCGAACCGAACCGAGAGCCCCGGGACCGCCCGCCUUGCCUCAUGGCUGGGAAGAAACUCAUCGUGGUGUUCGGGGCGACCGGGGCUCAGGGGGGCCACGUGGCCCGGGCUCUGCUGGAAGAUGGGACCUUCAAGGUCCGCGCGGUGACGCGGAGCCCCAUGAAGAAGGAGGCCGAGGAGCUGAAGAAGAGGGGAGCUGAGGUUGUGAAGGCGGAUCAGGACGAUGAGCCAUCACUGGAGCUGGCCUUGGCCGGUGCUUACGGAGCCUUCAUUGUAACCAACUUCUGGGAGCACUGCAGCAAAGAGAAAGAAAUCGCACAGGGGAAGCGACUUGCUGAUCUGUCGAAGCGCCUCGGUCUGUGCCAUGUGGUGUACAGCGGCCUGGAGAACGUGAAGCAGCUGACGGGGGGCCAGCUGGAGGUGCUCCACUUCGAUGGCAAAGGUGUGGUGGAGGAGUACUUCCAGAAAGUUGGUGUUCCCACCACGACCAUCCGACUGCCAUUCUACUUUGAGAAUUUCCUCUCCAUCUUCAAGCCGCAGAAGGCCCCGCAGGGAGAUACCUAUGUCCUGGCGCUGCCCAUGGGGGACACCCCCAUGGAUGGGAUGGCAGUGGAGGACAUUGGGCCUGUUGUGCUUUGCCUGCUGAAGUCCCCAGGGGAGUACAUUGGCCAAGUGAUCGGGCUCAGCACUGGCAAGCUCACUGAGGCAGAGUACGCCGCUGUCCUCUCCCAGCAGAUGGGCAAGACCGUGCAUGCCAGCAAGAUCUCACCAGAGGAGUAUGAGAAACGUGGCUUCCCUGGGGCCAAGGAAAUGGCCGCUAUGUUCCGUUUCUAUGCCCUGAAGCCAGACCGCAACGUGGACCUGACCAUGAAACUCAACCCCAAGGCCCGCACCUUCCAUCAGUGGGUAGUGGACAAUAAGGCUGCCUUCUGACCCUUCCCUCCCUCCUCUUCCUCCUGAGUUUCUGCAGCAGGAACUGGCCAAGGAGGUGAGCUGUGCUGAGCCACGCUGCCUUUCCACUAGCUCCCUGGGAAGCGCUGGGUGCUCCAGGGCUCUCCUGCAACUUGGUUGAGACAGUUUAGACCAGUGCAACUAGAACAAGAGGAAAGGCUGUACAGCUGCAGGCAGGUGGGGGAAGGACUACCUUUGCAUGCUAUCUUCAGGGAGGCAUUUGUUUAGUGAUUCUGGGUGUUUUCACGGUUGUAGGGUGGUGGUAGCUAUUUCUUUCCCAGGAGCUCUGAGCACGCAGCACUGUGCUGAACUUGUACCUCUGGGCCCCACAGGGCAGUGCCUUCUCUGCAGGUACCAGCCACCAGCCCACAACUAGUGCUGGCUCCUAAGCAAACAAAACUCUGGGGUUUCUGUGUGGACCGGGUUCAGGUACCGCAGGUAAGCCAGCGGGCAGAGCAGCACACCUGGAGAGACGGCGCCCUGUGUUAGCACCACUCUGGCAAAGAGGUGCCUGCAGCUCUGUGCCUGCAGCCCCGCGGGUACCAUGCAGUGACUUCCUGCGCUGCAUUACCUGAAAGCUGAACCUACUUCCUCCGGUCAGCUUUUAGCUGUGCCCUGGCCUUCAAUCACUGCCCUUGUGAACUGAGUAAAACCUUUGCAACCUCAGGAUUUAAGACUCACUUAAAAAGCUCCUUCCCCCAUGCCAGCAUAUGCUCAGAUAGCAGCUCUGGGGUUUGGCACUCUUUGCCUGUGCUUUAAUUCAGUCGCAGCCACCAGAGAGAUGCUCGAGACAUCUAUCCCUGUCCUCUCCUUGUCUGAGACCUUUGUUCCUGUUCCUGGGGGAGGGAAAAGGGGGGUGACGAGCUAAAUCGAAAGAGUAGACAAGGCAGCAAGGCACAGCACGUGUUAAAUAUCUUUAUGAAGUCAAUCUUAUUUACAUGGAUACAGAAUCACUUUACAGACAGUUUAAUCAGGAGGCAACGCGUGCUUUAUUUCAGCAAAUUAAGAAGGGCAAGACUACACGUCCUUGUUUAACUGGUCGAUUAGUAUGUGGGCUGAUGGUACCUGCACGGUAUAACUAACAACAGCGGGCUACAAGUAACCAUGAAAAUACUCACUGCAAGAGUUCAACUCCACCUGGAAGGAGUGAUCCACUUCACUUGUAUUCUCACACAUGUAGAAUCAGUGAUUUAUGCUACGGGUGUUGCGCUAAUGUAAUAAAAGACUUUUUGUCCCAAACUGGCAAA